UCGGCGGCGACACUGCAGCUCAGUUCUCGAGGCAACAUCUCCCCAAGCAGCAAUGUCACUCACCAAGGGAUUUAUUCUUCUCCGCCUGAUGGUCGUUCUGGUGCUUCUACUAUCAGCAGCUGCCGCUUCUCCUGCCCGAGGCUACUACAGUUCCCCACAGCGCGGCGGACGCAGCUACACGGACAUAGCCCGCGUGGUCAAUCCCAAUCCAUAUGCCUUCGUUGGAGCCCGCAACUAUCCGGGGCAGCCCUUCUGGCCAGCGGGAAAAUGAUCUACUUUGAGAAGUCGAAAGACUGGACUCAGGUUUAGAUGUGCAAUGGACUGAAAUAAUACUCUAGAAUAAAUUAAGCUAA